CCGUGCGUGCGAGCGGGGCGCUCCGGGCCGGUGCGGCGCCGCGGCAGCGAUGGCGGCCGGCGGGUACGGGCGCUACCGGGCUGCGAUCUUCGCGGCCAUGUUCGUGGGCUACACGCUCUAUUACUUCAACCGCAAAACCUUCUCGUUCGUCAUGCCCGCCGUCAUGGCCGAGGUGCCGCUGGGGAAGGACGACCUGGGUCUCAUCACCAGCAGCCAGUCGGCAGCCUACGCCAUCAGCAAGUUCAUCAGCGGCGUCCUCUCGGACCAGAUGAGCGCCCGCUGGCUCUUCUCCUCCGGCCUCCUCAUGGUGGGCUUGGUCAACGUGGUCUUCUCCUGGAGCUCCACCGUCAUGGCCUUUGCCGGGCUCUGGUUCCUCAACGGCCUGGCCCAGGGGCUGGGCUGGCCGCCCUGCGGCAAGAUCCUGCGCAAGUGGUUUGAGCCUUCCCAGUUUGGGACUUGGUGGGCAAUCCUGUCUACAAGCAUGAACUUGGCUGGAGGCUUGGGCCCCAUUCUCGCUGCUCUUGUGUCUAUGAACUACGAUUGGCGCAAGACUUUGUCCUUCUCUGGCUUCACCUGCAUGGUUGUCUCUUUUGUUUGCCUUGUCCUGAUUAAAAACGAGCCGGCAGAUGUUGGGCUGCCCAACAUUGAGCAAGGAGCCAAGAAGGGGAAGAAAGGUUCCUCCAGCGACAACAGCACCUUGACAGAGCUGCUGCUCUCCCCAUACCUCUGGGUGCUCUCAACAGGCUACCUGGUCGUUUUUGGAGUGAAAACGUGCUGUACUGAUUGGGGACAGCUCUUCCUGAUCCAGGAGAGGGGACAGUCCAUGCUUGUAGGCAGUUCCUACAUGAGUGCCUUGGAGAUUGGGGGCCUGGUGGGAAGCAUUGCUGCUGGAUACCUUUCCGAUAGAGCAGUAGCAAAAGUGGGGCUGUCCAGCUACGGGAACCCCCGGCACGGGCUGCUGCUGUCCAUGAUGGCUGGGAUGUGCGUGUCCAUGUUCCUCUUCCGCAUCACGGUCACGGGCGACUCUCCCAAGGAAAACCACUUCUGGACUGUAGCCUUGCAACCUCUAGCUGAUCUUACAGGCCUAAAAGAACAUGAGCUGUGGAUUCUGAGUCUGGGAGCGGUGUUUGGGUUCUCCUCGUACGGGCCGAUUGCCCUCUUUGGGGUCAUAGCAAAUGAAAGUGCCCCUGCCAACCUGUGUGGCACCUCCCAUGCCAUCGUGGCCCUCAUGGCCAAUGUUGGGGGUUUCCUGGCUGGACUGCCUUUCAGUACAAUUGCCAAGCACUACAGCUGGGCCACAGCGUUCUGGGUAGCUGAGGUCACCUGCAUGGCUAGCACAGUGGCUUUCUUCCUCCUGCGAAACAUCCGCACCAAGAUGGGCCGGGUUCCCAGGAAGGCUGACUGAGGAGGAGCUGCUCGGUGGAAGGAUGUUCCCACGCUGACGUGAAUGAUGCUCGUUUUUGUUUGACUGGCCUAGGAGUGAGUUUACCUAUUGCUGCAACCUAGAUAAAAAUGUCUCAACUUCUCAUCCAGUGUCAGGUGCCAGAGGGCACAAGGUUCCUGCUACUGAUCACUUUUUCCCUCAAGAUGUGAUAAUUCACCUAGUUUACAUUUGCAAUGAUUUUACUGUACCUCUUCCUCACAGCACUGUUAGUGAAGCAAGCAGGCUCUGCAGCCCAAGCUUCCCCACUAGAAGUGGUCUGAAAUGACUGUCUUCAGGUGCACUUACCUCUAGUGCUGUCGUUAUUGUCUCAGCCAUUAACCGAGAUAUCAAUCAGUUCAGCCUCGCUGCUCAGGGCCCUGAACCCAGCCGUGCUGCCCGUGUCCGUGCCAUCCAGCUGCCCGGGCUGUGCCAGGCCACCUGAGCACGAGCCCUGUGUGUGCUCAGCUGCGUGGCAGCGCGCAUCAGGGCAUGGCGAGGGCUG